AUGUCAUUCUGGCCAUUUGGACAGAAUCUAAACCAUUCUAAUAUCAAUAAAAUUCUAGAUGAAUACUUUCAUGUGUUGCACGAAAUAGAGAAGAUUAACCCGAGUAUUGGGAAGUCUAUACCGGCUGUCUUCAACAACGUUCAGCAGCGAGGUACCAACGAUUCCCUGGAGUCUAUUCCGGAGGAGUAUAGCCAUGCCAAUGAAGUCAGGGGCACAGGUGGUGGACAGAAGAGCAGGUUUGAGAAGGACGAGCAGCAGGAGCGCUAUGAAAAGGAGGAAGAGGAGCGGAGUUUGAACUCUAGUGAGUCUUCCAGCACGUCGUUCUCCUCUGGGUCGACUUCCAAAACAGAUUUGGACGAGGAGGAUAUCAGUAAUUCUACGGCCCCCAUGAUGGUUACCACCAAGGCCUUGGAUAACUCGUUCAUCGAGAGGAUGCUUGUUGAAACGGAGCUGCUAAACGAACUAUCAAGACAGAACAAGACGCUAUUGGACUUUAUUUGUUUUGGGUUUUUCUUUGAUAAGGAAACCAACAAAAAAGUAAACAACAUGGAAUACCUGGUUGACCAACUGAUGUAUUGUGUCUCGAAGAUCCAGACCGCCACCACGGUAGAUCUCAACAAUCUGAUAGACUACCAAGAACAACAGCAGCUCGACGACAGCUCGCAAGAAGAUAUCUAUGUGGAGUCCGAUACAGAGCAGGAAGAGGAAAGGGACAAUAAUUUGAACAACAUAAAUAAGAGACGAAAACGCAAGAACUCUUCACUUGACGAUGACGACAAUGACGACGACGAGGGCGGUAACAAAAGCGACGAGAACGAAAGCGAUGAAUCGGCUUAUCUGACCAAAGCCACUAUAAUAUCAGAAAUAUUUUCUCUAGAUAUAUGGUUGGUUAGUGAAUCGUUGGUGAAAAACCAACCUUAUCUUAACAAGAUAUGGUCCAUUAUCAACCAGUCCAAUUUCAAUUCUGAAAAUUCUCCCCUGGUACCGAUUUUCUUGAAGAUUAACCAAAAUCUGUUACUAACCAGACAAGAUCAAUAUUUGAAUUUUAUUCGAACCGAGAAAAGUUUCGUGGACGAUAUGUUGAAGCAUGUGGACAUUUCAUUAUUAAUGGACUUUUUCCUAAAGAUAAUAUCUACAGACAAGAUUGAAUCGCCAACGGGGAUAAUCGAACUAGUGUACGACCAAAAUUUGGUUUGCAAAUGUCUAAGAUUUUUGAAUAAUGGAGAAUCACCAGCGGAUAUCCAAGCUUGUGUGGGUGAUUUUUUGAAGGCUUUGAUAGCCAUUUCCGCCAAUGCGCCCCUGGACGAUAUUUCCAUUGGGCCAAAUUCUUUAACAAGACAGUUAGCAUCUCCUGAAGCCAUUGCCAAGCUAGUCGAUAUCAUGAUCAACCAAAGAGGGUCUGCAUUAAAUACCACGGUCUCAAUCGUUAUCGAACUGAUAAGGAAGAACAAUUCUGAUUACGAUCAAGUCAAUCUUUUGGCCACCACUAUUAAGACGCAUCCACCUUCAAAUAGAGAUCCAAUCUACUUGGGUUAUCUACUUAGGACAUUUUCCGACCAUUUGUCUGAUUUUUUCCAAAUUAUAUUAGAUAUUGAAAACGAUCUCGAUCUUCCGUUACAUGAAAACCAACUGCACGAAAAAUUCAAACCUCUAGGGUUUGAAAGGUUCAAAGUGGUAGAGUUGAUUGCUGAGUUACUACACUGUUCCAAUAUGGGGUUAAUGAAUUCCAAAAGAGCAGAAAGAAUUGCCAGAAGGCGAGACAAAGUAAGGAGCCAACUGUCCCAUCAUUUACAAGACGCAUUAAACGAUUUGAGUAUAGAAGAGAAGGAACAAUUCAAAACAAAGCACUCCCCUACGCACAACGCUGAUGACGACGAAAUAAAUAACAACAACGAUAACGAUGAUGAGAGUGAUUAUGGUGACGAAAUAGAUGAAAGCUUUGAAAUUCCGUAUAUCAAUGUGAAUCAAAAUACAAAAUUAAGAAGUAAUCCCACCGUGGGGGACUUGUUUAAAAUUAAACUGUAUGACACCAGAAUUGUUUCUAAAAUAAUGGAACUGUUUCUAACGCAUCCUUGGAAUAAUUUUUGGCACAAUGUUAUAUUCGACAUAAUUCAACAGAUCUUCAACGGGAGAAUGGAUUUUUCAUAUAAUUCAUUCCUUGUUCUGUCCUUGUUUAAUUUAAAGAGCUCGUAUCAAUUUAUGACUGAUAUAACCGUUCCUAAUGAAGAGGGAGCUGAAGUUUCCACAUAUACUCCUGUUAUCAGAGAUCCAAAUUUCAAUUUUAAGAUAACUACGAAUUUCAUAUUAAAAGGUUACCAGGAUUCCUAUAAAUUUUAUGAAUUGAGGAAAAUGAAUUUAGGGUAUAUGGGGCAUAUUGUAUUGAUUGCUGAAGAAGUGGUCAAGUUUUCCAAGCUGUACAAAGUUGAAUUGAUCUCGCCUGAUAUUCAAGAAAUUCUGCAAACCGAGGAUUGGCAAUACUACUCUGAAGAAGUACUGAACGAAACGAGAAUGAUGUACUCAAAGAUUCUUGGUGGUGGCAGCUACAUAGACGAUGGUAACGGUAAUAUUAUUCCUCAACUACCCGAUAAUAGCGCAGUACUGGGCUCCAAUAUGGAUGCUAAUGAUAACAAUGAAAUGUUUGAUUCAGAUACAGGGAAUGACAGUGACAGUAAUGGUGGCGGUCAAUUGAUCAAUGUUGAGUCUUUAGAGGAACAACUGUGUUUAUCCACGGAAUCAGAUUUACACAACAAGUUAAGAGAAAUGUUGAUUAAUAAGGCUCAAGAAGACGUUGAUAACAAGAACACAGAAAAUGGGGUCUUCAUACUGGGACCACCAGAUGAUGACGAGAAUACUAAUAACAUUAAUAAUAAUAACAACAAUGACAAUAACAAUAACAACGACAAUAAUAACAAUAAUAACAAUAAUAAUAACGAUAAUAAUGAUAAUGACAAUGACAAAACUCGUGAUUAUAAUGAAAAUGCUGCUAAUGAUAAUGAUUAUGAUAGUGAAUGA